UUGUCACCUCCCUCCCUCCCUCCCUCUCUCUCUCGCUGCUUUGGUGUUUCGUUGCGCUUUGGUCAGCGUGUUUCGUUUCCUCGUUUGGUUCGGUUCGAUCGAGUGCUGCCAGCUUCUUGACUUCGCGCGCGCGCGCGCGGAACCGCGGCUCCUCCUCACCCCCGGAAAGAAAAUCCCGUUUGUUCUUUUUUCCCGGAAUUCGGGGUCCUGAGGUUCAGGGGAGGCUCUAGGAGAUGGACAGUUCGGAGAGAUAGGUUGACGAGACUAUUCCUUGAAGCGGGGGUGCUCUGGUUUGUUGUGUUUGUGAACCGAUAGCUGUUUCGAAUUAUCGAAAGUAGGGUGUUCGGUUGUUUGAAUCAAGAUCUUGGUACAAUGGCUGCCGCACUCAGCACCGUUGUAUCAAGGUUGCAAAUGCUGUCCACCUCUGAUCAUGCGUCCGUGGUGUCCUUGAACCUGUUCGUGGCGCUCCUCCUUGCUUGCAUCGUGAUUGGUCAUCUCUUGGAAGAGAACCGGUGGAUGAACGAGUCCAUUACUGCUCUAAUGAUCGGAUUAUGUACCGGUAUCGUUAUCUUACUGACCACUGGAAUGAAAAGCUCCCAUCUCUUAGUGUUCAGUGAAGAUCUCUUCUUCAUAUAUCUUCUGCCACCCAUCAUAUUCAAUGCAGGGUUUCAGGUGAAAAAGAAGCAAUUCUUUAGAAACUUUAUGACCAUCAUGCUAUUUGGCGCUAUUGGCACCUUAGUAUCUUGCAGUAUUAUUUCACUAGGUGUUAUACAGUUUUUUAAGCAGAUUGAUGUCAGUUCAUUCGACAUAGGGGAUUACUUAGCCAUCGGUGCUAUAUUUGCUGCAACGGAUUCUGUUUGCACUUUGCAGAUUCUUAGUCAGGAUGAGACACCCUUGCUUUACAGCUUGGUGUUUGGAGAAGGUGUCGUGAAUGAUGCAACAUCAGUGGUGCUUUUCAAUGCAAUACAGAGCUUUGAUCUUAAUCAUAUCAAUCCCAGAUCUGCUUUGCAGUUCAUCGGCAAUUUCUUCUAUUUAUUCUCCACAAGCACUGUGUUAGGAGUGUUGACUGGAUUGCUUAGUGCUUACAUAAUAAAAAAGCUCUAUUUUGGCAGGCACUCUACCGAUCGUGAAGUCGCUCUUAUGAUGCUCAUGGCAUACCUGUCCUACAUGAUGGCUGAACUGUUCUACUUGAGUGGCAUUCUCACUGUAUUUUUCUGCGGGAUAGUGAUGUCCCAUUACACUUGGCACAACGUGACUGAAAGUUCGCGAGUCACUACCAAGCAUGCUUUUGCAACCUUGUCAUUCGUUGCUGAGACGUUUAUCUUCCUUUAUGUUGGAAUGGAUGCUUUGGACAUCGAAAAGUGGAGAUUUGUGAGCAAUAGUCCUGGGACGUCAGUUGCUGUGAGUUCAGUAUUGCUAGCAUUGGUUCUAGUUGGAAGAGCCGCAUUCGUUUUCCCCCUAUCCAUUCUGUCCAACCUAGCCAAGAAAAACCCCAACGAGAGAAUCAGCUUCAGACAGCAAGUGAUUAUAUGGUGGGCUGGACUCAUGAGAGGCGCCGUAUCUAUGGCCCUAGCUUAUAACAAGUUCACUAGUUCUGGCCAUACUCAUCUGAGGGAUAAUGCCAUCAUGAUCACAAGCACCAUAACUGUUGUCCUUUUCAGCACUGUGGUGUUUGGCUUAAUGACCCAACCUCUGAUAAGGUUAUUGCUACCGCAUCCGAAACACACAAGCAUGGUUUUCUCUGAUCCAAAUACUCCCAAGUCCUUUACUUUCCCACUUCUCGGAGGCGGGCAGGAUUCUGAAGGCGAUCUUACAGUUGCCGACAUCAUCCGCCCAAGUAGCCUCAGGGCACUCUGGACCACACCAGCGCAUACUGUUCACUACUACUGGCGCAAAUUCGACAAUGCCUUCAUGCGCCCGGUCUUUGGUGGUCGUGGUUUCGUGCCAUUUGUUCCUGGCUCACCCACGGAAAGGAGCGUCCAUCAGUGGGAAGGCUAGGCAGCGUGUAGUGUAGUGUAUCAAUUAACGUAGCUAUUGUUGAGAACCUGUAAUGCAAUUUUGCACGAGCCCUUUUCACGUUGUCUUUCUCGACGGAACAGAAGUGCUGUACCAUAUGGCAAUAAUCGAUGAUUCGUGUACCAUAGAUGUAAAAUCAACUACGAUGCAUGCAAGGAGGGCCAUGCCCGAUGACACUGCUAAAGUCUUAUUCACAUCGAAUUCAGUUAAUUCUAGUA